GGGGAGUGGGGUCUAGUGGUUAGAGCUGCGGGGGCUGGGAGUCAGGACUCCUGGGUUCUAUCCCUGUCUCGCAUGCCCAUUCCUUCGCUACAGACUUGCAGUCCUUGUUGGGGUGGAGCGGGCUAGGGAGGGCGGGGGGUUGAGGUCUCACAUGGGAGUAGUGUUGGCUCGUUUCACCUUGUGGCUUUAUUGCUAUUUGUCUGUGGUGGGGCGCACAGCUGGUUCCCUGCACAGACAGAGGUAGAGCAACCUCGGACUUCGAUCCUUCCCCGUGUUUCCCCUCUGGGCACAUUGCCGUCCCAAAACCGCAGCGUAGAACAAAGAGAGGCUGGGCUUGCACCAGGGCACAGAAACUCGCUCGUCCUGCGCUGCUGACGUAAAUCCACCCCCAGCUCUGUGGGGUAAAGGGGAGGGGCACAGGGUGGCUGUUCCCUGGCUGCCCCACCCCAGAAGUGGCUGCAUCUCAACACUGGGCAAGUCAUCCCCACAUGACAUCCCCAUGGGACCUUUGUAACCCAGCCAGGAACUCAAACACGCUAGAUCCUGCUUUCUUCCUCUAGCCGCAGGCUGAUUGCUGCCGGCGGUGGGGUGGGGGGGUCUGGUCACACGCCUCACGCUGUAAGGAAGGGGCAUCUGGCGGGCACCCUGUGAUGGGGUUUGCUGCUUUCCAAACCUUGGGCCCUUUAAGAGAGAUGAGGAGUAGCUGCCUGGCAACCCCUGGUUGUCUAAGCAACAGGACGCUGGCUCACCCAGCAACGGGGGGCGGGUGCUGAAUCCAGCGGGCUCUGUGCCUGCCCCCUGGGAUCCAGGCUGGGUUUCUGGGGCCCUGGCACAUCCCAUGCCCGCCUUGGGGCGCCCCACGGACAGAGCCCAGAGCCAGCUGCAGGGAGUGAGAGCCGUCUCGGUGGAGCGGACUGGGGGGCGCUGUCCAUCUCGAGGACGCGGGGCCGUAGCCGUCUCCGCCCGCCCGCCGGCCAUGGCUAGAUGAUCCUGGCCCCGCGCCAUGCUGCAGUCCCGCGCCCGGUACCUGCUGCUCCUGCUGGGGGUGCAGCUGGUGGUGAUGGCGCUGCUGUACCACGAGGGCUACCGCCGGCGGGUCGCCUACUUCCUGGGCAUCUUCUACAAAGGGGGGGCCCCAGCCGGGCUGGGGGGACCACAGGGUGCCACCCACAACGCCUCGCUGCCCGGCGACGUCUAUGCCAACCUCAGCCUCAUCGCCCGGCCCCCACUGCGUCCCGAGGAACUGCCCUACUGUCCUGAGACCUCCCCGUUCCUAGGGGGCCCGAUCCGGGUGACCUUCCCCCCGGGGCUGACCCUGGAGGAGAUUGUGCGCAAGAACCCCUACGUGACGGCCGGGGGCAGGUACCAGCCCCCCGACUGCGACCCCCUGCACCGCACGGCCGUCAUCAUCCCCCACCGCAACCGGGAGCAGCACCUGCGCUACCUUCUCUACUUCCUGCACCCCUUCCUGCAGCGCCAGCAGCUCAGCUAUGGCAUCUACAUCAUCCACCAGGCAGGGAACUACACCUUUAACCGGGCCAAGCUGCUGAACGUGGGGUUCAAGGAGGCGAUGAAGGAUGAGGACUGGGACUGCAUUUUCUUCCACGACGUUGACCUCAUCCCUGAGGACGACCGCAACCUGUACACCUGUGACCGCUUCCCCAAGCACGCCGCUGUCGCCAUGGACAAAUUCGGAUACAAGUUGCCCUACAAGACGUACUUCGGGGGGGUGUCAGCUUUGACCCCGGAGCAGUACAUGAAGAUGAACGGUUUCCCCAACAACUACUGGGGCUGGGGGGGUGAAGAUGAUGACAUCGCUGUGAGGGUGGCACUGAGUGGGAUGCUGAUCUCCCGGCCCUCCAUACAGCACGGCCGCUACCGCAUGAUCAAACACGGCCAUGACAAGGGCAACGAGCAGAACCCCAGGAGGUUUAACCUGCUGGCCAAGACACGUCGGACCUGGCGCCAGGACGGCAUGAACACGCUGGACUAUCAGCUGCUGGCCAGGGAGCUCCAGCCCCUCUACACCAACAUCACCGUCGCCAUCGGCACGGAGAAGGGCCUGCGCCGCCCCACGUGACCUCCCCGUCCGCACGGGGGCUGGGACUUGGGGGGAGGGGGGCGUGGCUGGCCCCCCGGACUGGACCCCCUGAUCCACCCUGGACUGAGCAACCAAAGAUGCCCAGCUGGAGGGGGUGGGGCCUUGAGCUGGUGCUGCAGGGGGAGGGGGAGAGAUUGGGCCCCUGAGCUGGGGCAGGG